AUGGCAGAUUUAAUUGAAAAUCAAUGCGAAGAUAUCGACGAGCUUGAGUAUAUAAAGAAAAUGAAACUUUUUGAUAAAAGUGAAAUUAGAAACAUAGCAAAACAGUUGGAAGAAUAUGAAACUAAAAUACAAAGUCAUACCAAAUGUAAAGAGGACUAUUUAAAAUAUAUUACAUACGAAAUGGAUUUACUCAAGCGAGUAAAGCAACGCAAAGAGAAAUUGGGAAUAACUACUCAACAGUCUGAUACUGAAUCACCAAUUAUUAAAAAAGUAAAUAGUUUAUAUCAAAAAGCUACUAUUAAAUUUCAAGAUGAUCUCAGAUUUUGGAUGGCUUACAUGAAAUUUCGAAAACAAUUACGUUUGACAAAUAACAUCAGUCGAUUAAUUGAAAAAAUGAUAGAAAUACAUAAAAACAAACAAGAGUGUUGGAUAAUAGUUGCUCGUUGGCAAAUAGAAGAGAAUAAAAAUUUACAAAAAGCUAAACAAGAUCUUCUAAAAGGUUUACGGCUGCAUCCAACUUCUCAGCAUUUAUACUCUGAAAUUUACCAAUUAAUAUUGAAUGAAACUGAAACAACUGAUGAAUUGCCAGCAGUAGUGCUAGAACGCGCCCAAGUUGUUUACCAACAAGCCUUCAAGCAAAUAAAAGACGUUACGUUUAUAAUAAAGUUACUGGAAAUAACAACAAAGCACAAAAAUACAGAAAAGUUACAGGAGUUAAUUAUAGGAGACUUGCUGAAAGAUUAUUCUUAUAAACCACAAGUUUGGGAUACAAUGGCUCGACGUGAAUUGGCAGGAUUUACAUAUGACCCUGAUGGAGAAGAUCAUCACUCGAUGGAAGUUGACGAGACAGAAUUAAAUCUUAUGAGACGUCGAAUUAAUUUUUGCAAUCAAGUUUAUCAAACAGCAGUUAAGAGACUAAAAAGUGAAAUUAUGUGGACUCUUUACAUUAAUUGUUUGACGGAAAUAAAUCAAGAUUUAUCGUCGCUGCCUAAUUUCAAGCGCAAGAUACUUAAAAACGCGUUGAUACAAGGCCAUCAGUCAAAAAAGUUGCAAGAUAAACAGUAUUGGUACUGGAUAAAAAUUUUAGAAAAUGAUAAAAAAGACGAAAACCUUAAAGAUAAAUUAUAUCAAGUAUUGUGUAAUGCAACUGAUGCAUUACCUCAGAAUGUUGAUUUUUGGAAGGAUAAAUUGAAACAUUUAAUAAGUGUAAAUAAAAAUGAUCUAUUUAUUACAGAGUUUGAUAAGGCUACAAAAAUAUUGGGUAAUAAAGCAUUACCAUUGUGGAAAAUAAAAUUACUUUAUACUCAAGCAAAGUAUCCGAAUAAAGUUGAAGAAAUUUAUUUAGCUGGAAUAAAAGAAGCUGUGGAAAUAUCUCGAGAAAUUAAACCAGCUUAUAUAAAAUGGGUGGUAUUAACGAAAGGUAUUCAAAUAGCUCGGCAUAUUUACAAUGAGCUCAGUGUAAAAAUACCAUUUUGUCUGGAACUUCACAAGGAAAUGGUUGAAAUUGAACUAAUUCAACCAGACAUAUGCAAACAAAAUGCCCGACGUCCACACGAAAUGGCUACUAAAUUCGUAGAAAAAGGAUGCGAGGAAAUGAUUCCUGAAUUGGAACAAAUGAAAAGGAUUAAACUUUUCGAUGAUAACGAAAUCCGAAAAAUAAUAAAAAAUUUAAAAGAUCACGAAUACAAAAUAGGAAGGCUUAUUAAAAGCAAGGAUGAUUUUUUAUCAUAUUUUUCUUAUCUUAUGGUAGUGCUGAAUCUUGUAAAACAACGGAGACUGAAACUGGGAAUUAAGGAAAAACAAGCUGGUAUAGAUUAUGCUAUUAUUAAAAAAAUUAAACAAUUAUACAAGAGAUCAAGGAUGAGGUUUCAAAGUGACUUAACUUUUUGGGUGGAUCUUAUGAAACUUAGUAAAAUAGAGAAUUUUCAAUAUCAUUUACCUGGAAUCGCUGAUAGAAUGCUUAAAGUUCAUCAAGAUAAACCAAGAUGUUGGCAUAUUUCAGCUCAGUGGCACAUGAAAGAAACUAGAGAUAUUGAAAGAGCUAGAAAACAAUUACUAAAAGGGCUACACUUUCACCCUAAAGCACAAAUAUUAUAUAAAGAUCUUUUAGAAUUAGAAUUGUACGAAGCCUGUUCAAAUGAACAAGAUACACCCGUUGAACUAAAACGUGCUGAAUUAGUAUAUCAACAAGCACGGAAGCAUAUUAAAGAUAUUAAUUUAACCAUCGAGUUAUUAGACAUUGCUUCCAAGUUCAACAAGACGAAAAAUUUACAGAAAAUAAUAAUGGAUGAUUUGGUUGAAAAUUUUUCGGACGAGCCUAAAGCGUGGGACAAGCGGGCAAGAAGAGAAUUUAAAGGUUUAAAUAAUGAGUCUUCUCCUCAAGACAAUGUUGAUGUUGAAAAGUCCCAAAAAAAUAAUUUAAGGGAUCAUCUUAACUUGGCUAUUGAAAUAUAUGAAUCUGCGGUUAAACUUAUACCUACUAAAGCAAUGUGGUCUUUAUACAUAAAUUUUUUACUUGAAAUUAGUAAAGACAGUUCUACUUUGCCAAAUUAUAAAAGCAAGCUUUUGAAGAAUGCUUUAACGAAAGGUCAUCAUCAAAAUAAUUUGGAAGAAAAGUACUAUUGGCUUUGGAUUAAAGUAUUUGAAAAUAAGAAAAACAAUUCGGAAAAACUUAAUAAAAUUCUUAGCAGUGCGACAGAAGCUCAUCCAGAGAGUGUUGAACUUUGGAAACAAAAAUUAAAUUACUUAUUUUUUAAUUCCGACCAAGAAGAUUUGGCUCUUUCAGAAUUCGAUAAGGCUAAAAAAAUAUUAAAGAACAAAGCAUUACCCUUGUGGAAGAUAAAAUUACUUUACAUUAAUGAAAAGCACCCAGAACAAUUAGAAGAAUUUUAUCUAACCGCAUUAAAAGAAGCUCCAGAAAUAUCCUUAAAAUUUAAGCCCGCUUACAUUAAAUGGGUUGCCGCAACUAAAGGUAUUAAAAAAACUCGUCAUAUCUACAAGGAAUUGAGUAUUGAGCCUCCAUUUUGCUUAGAACUUCACAACGAAAUGUCCAACAUCGAAGUUAAUCAAUCAGCAAUUAGUAGACAAAAUGCCCGACAUCCUUAUGAAAUGGCGGUAAUCCAAUUUGGUAAAAACAACAUCGACGUUUGGAUUAAUUACAUUAUCUUUGAGAUGAACCAUGGUGAUGUUAUAAAUAUUACAAACAUUUAUCAAAGGGCAGUUAAAACUUUGAAUACUGUAGAUUCAGAUAAUUUUAUAUCCAGGUUUACUUUAUUGAAAGCCAAUUCAGAGCAUAUGGAUGAUUAUUAUUAA